UUAUAAAUAUGCCGGCAACCUGGUCAUCUCGCCCAUCAGAAUCUCCCUCCCGAGUACAUUCUGUUGUUCGUGUAUAUAUAUAUAUAUAAAUAAUGUAGUCCUUGCUUGACGGGGGAUCCCUCUCGCUCGCACUCUUCGUGCGCGUAACACCGUCGUUCCCCAGAGGAAGGUGGGGGACAUGUUCACCAUCUCCCUUCCCCACUUCAGCAUCAGAUGGCAACAUCGUCUUCUCCGAAGAAGCAGAGGAAGACGUAUUACGCUUGGGUCAUCUCCGUCUUCCUCGCCUUGUUCCUCCUCUCCGUCUUCCUCUUCAACCAGCGCUCUCGCUCCCUCCAGCCCUCCGUCUCCUUCAUCCGUCAUCUCUUCCCCCAAACUCGUUCUCCUUCUCCCCUCUCCAACUCGUCCCUCCACCGAGAACUCCUACCUCCAUCUUCUCCGGUCGAGCCGUCGGGCUCAGAUGUCGAUGGCAACCCGGAUGCGGGCCGCAUUUCCGAUUCCGAGCAAAACCCAGUUUCCAAUGUUGCGCCUGUUGGUUCAGUCGCUGAUAAAGGUGGCGACUUGACGGCGGAUAGCCUCAAGAAGUGUGAUUUGUACAUGGGGACGUGGGUGAAGGAUGAAGAGUACCCGAUUUACGCGCCUGGGUCGUGCCCCUACGUGGACGAAGCUUUUGAUUGCCAAAACAACGGAAGGCCUGAUUCGGACUAUCUAAAAUGGAGAUGGAAGCCCGACGGUUGCGACCUACCCAGGUUUAAUGCAACAGACUUCUUGGUGAGACUAAGAGGAAAAAGGUUGAUGCUGGUUGGAGACUCCAUGAAUCGCAACCAAUUUGAGUCCAUCCUAUGCCUCCUACGAGAAGGCCUCUUGGACAGGAGUGGAAUGUUUGAAAUCCAUGGAUAUAAAAUAACCAAGGGAAGAGGAUACUAUGUGUUCAAGUUCACGGAUUAUAACUGUACAGUGGAAUUUGUGAGAUCGCAUUUUCUUGUGAGGGAAGGAGUGCGUAUCAAUGGACAAGGAAACUCAAAUCCAACUCUGUCAAUAGAUAGGAUCGACAAAUCAGCUAGACGAUGGAAGGGGGCAGAUAUUCUUGUAUUUAAUACUGGCCACUGGUGGACCCAUGGAAAGACUGCUAGAGGGAAGAACUAUUAUAAAGAGGGUGACUAUGUCUAUCCAAAAUUUGAUGCAGUAGAGGCUUAUAGAAGGGCUUUGAGAACCUGGGCAAAGUGGAUAGAUGAGAAUGUGAAUCCUGAGAAGCAGUUGGUGUUUUAUCGUGGAUACUCGUCUGCUCAUUUCAGAGGUGGAGAUUGGGAUUCAGGUGGGACAUGUAAUGGAGAAACAGGACCGAUCUCAAGUGGGGGCUUCCUCAACAACUAUCCUUUGAAAAUGAGGAUAGUGGAGGAGGUCGUCAGGGAAAUGCGAGUUCCCAUGAUGCUUCUCAACGUCACAAGGUUGACCAACUUCCGCAAGGACGGCCAUCCGUCAGUAUAUGGAAAAAACACCACCGGCGGAAGGAAGGUAUCAACCAGGCGUCAAGAUUGCAGUCAUUGGUGUCUUCCUGGGGUUCCCGAUUCGUGGAAUGAGCUCAUAUAUGCCUCUCUUGUUUUCCAACAAACCAUUUCCACAAGCUACACGUAAGACGUGAGUGUGUAUGUUUCUUUCAAAUUCAACGGUGGCGGACGAGACUGUGAGGAACAUGUAAAAUGGUGCGUACCCAUGUGGAGAGAAAACGAGUUGACCAUUAAGGUCUUCUGCUCAUGAUUGAUUAAAAACAGAGGACAAAAACAUGGACGGUCUUCAUUCAAACUCCUCUGUAGAUUUCCAUGUUGCUUGUGCGGGAGGGCAGGGCCCUCAAAUCUUGUCUC